UUGGUUCGGUUUAGUCGAGGCACAACGCCCGAAGAAGAAACAUCAUUCGAGAAAACAAACCCACAAAGAGCUGUGGACCGGGCUCAAACAAGAAGUAAAAAAAAACUACAUAACAAGUAAAGUAACAACAACAACAACAACAACAGCAGCAGGAAAAGGUCGGUCAAAGCGUACGGCAGAGUGAGCGAGAGCGAAACAAAGACGGACCGAGAGCGAAAGAGCGCGCGUACGGUGUCGGUGGGGCAAAGAAACAGGACAGUAACAGUAAGAUUUCAGCACCCCAGUGUGGUCGAUUCGAAGCGCUGCACAAGAGAAAGAGUGUGAACCGAGAAGAACGUCGCCGUCGUUGUCGUUCUAAGUGCCGUGGAUCGACGAGCGCGAGUCUUCGUCGCCAGCGAGUGUGUGGGAAAAGAAGGCAAAGGGGAAAAGAGAAAAUCGAUAUUAUGUGAAUGUGUCAAAAUCAGGUCACUGUGGAUUUAAAGCGAGCCGAGUGUGUGCCUGAUUAGUGGCUUAAAGUGAGACGGUCAGCGGAAGCCAAUUUCGUUUUUUUUUUGCCCUGGGGGUAGAAGAAUUGACAAGUGAGAUCAACUCGGUCAGACGGAAGUUGAAUCCGAGAGAAGAAUAGAAGGAAUACUUUCCUAGUGAAGACUGAGCUGAAGGAAGGGCGGACGUGUCGUCGGUGGAGGGAGAGAUUUCGGGAACCGAUCGAAUCUCACUUCUACGAGGAGCAACGUUCAAAGCUCGUCAGCAACAAAUUCGUUUCACCAAGACUGAGUUCUAGCAGCCAAUUUCUCAUCGAGUCCCUGCCAGCAUCUGCUCUUGUUGAAAGGGCAGACCACCGUCGGGAGUCAGAAGCAGAAGCAGCAGCUGUCGGAAUUUUCUUUGGAUUAAUGUUCCUGAUAAGUGUGUAAAUUCUAGUUGAUACAAGAAGUGAUUUGGAGAAAAAAAGAAGCAGAAGAAGAGAAGGAAGGAAAUUGAAGCAUAUCGAAGGAAGUUUGGUGCCAAAUGGUUGAAAAGAUAGUGAGUGUUUGAAGAGAAGGCGAGCAAUUCUGAAAGCCUGGAAUAGAUUCCAAUGAAAAGUGGUAGGAGUGCGGAGUAAGUGUCGUUUACCCGUUGCGAGUGGUCUCGGGACCACGUCGGGGUUCAACGUUGGAGUGGAGUAAAAUCAAUAGCACCAACACCAUCAUCAACACUGGCAGCAGGAUGGCGAUGGCAGCGUGCUAUCCAAACUACGACCUAUCCACGUCGUCGGGGAUCGGGCAUCAGCAGCAGCAGCAGACGGCCCAGUUGCAUCACCUAUCGGUGCCGUCGCGGCUAACCGGUGCCGGUGGUGGCCCGAUGGCACAGAAAGACUACAGCAUACCACUGCACGUGGACUGUAGCGUGGAGUACGAGUUACCAAAUCAGGCCAAACCACCGGUGGGGGCCCGUGUGGAACCGCUGCUGAUGAUACACCCGUGCUACUUCCGGAAGAUGGAGAGUCAGCGGCGAAGUCCUUUCAUAAACAAUAUGCCAAAUUCAUCCCGUAGUUCUAAUUCAAUUGUUGCCAACGUUGUUGAUUCGUCGUCGAUGAGCCGACGGAGCUCAAAGACCAGUUCCCAGCAGCAGCAACAGCAGCAGGCACAACAACAGCAGCAGCAACAACAGCAGCAGCAGCAGCAGCAGCAGCAGCAGCAGCAGCAGCAACAACAGCAGCAGCAGCAACAGCAGCAGCAACAACAACAGCAGCAGCAGCAGCAACAACAGCAGCAGCAGCAACAACAGCAGCAGCAUCAACAGCAGCAGCAGGCACAACAACAGCAGCAACAGCAGCAGCAUGCUGUUGUGACGAGCCAUCAGAGCAGUAUGCAACAUCAUCAGAAUUUGCAGCAGCAAAUUGAUGAGUACGUUCAACGGCAGAUGGCUCAGCGGUCCCAACAGGCGCACUAUCCUGUUGGGACGAGUAGUCAACAACAGCAACAGUCACAACACGUUCAAUCUCAGCAUAAUCGCCAUCAUUCUCAUCAACCACAGCCUCAGCAGCAGCAGCAACUUCAUCAACAACAGUCACACCUGUCCAGUCAACAGCAAUCCACCAAUCAGUACAGCUUGCAGAGUCAACAACAGCAGCAACAACUAGCAAAUACCUCAGACUGGGGCCGUUACAUUGGCUCCGACGGGGUUGUCCGGAGCUACGGAAAAGUCAACCUAGCCAAUCAAACUGCCUACAGCAACAGUAACAACAGUAGUAGCAGCAACAGCAACAGCAGCAAGUCAAAAGUCAUCAAACGUAGUAAUACGGGUAUGCCGCCGCAGCUGGCAGGCACCGGGCAUACCGGUGCCGUCGGCUCCGGAGGUCAUCAGCAGCACCAGCAGAACCUAAUAGCUGCCAGCUGUGCUGCAUUCAACAGCAGUGGCAGCGGCUUGGAGGGUGGACUGCCAUCCGGUCCCCGGUGGGACAUCGAAAAGACUUCAAUGGCCGCGGUGCCUCGCGAUUUCCAGGCAGGACCGGAAUCGUUACCGAUCAAAACAAAUGCUAGUCUACUGGCCGCCGCCGCCGUCAGCUCGCAGGCGGCCGUCAGCAGUAACAAUAACAACAACAGCUAUCAACCGUCGGCAACGAUGUACCGGAACCCGUCGGUCGUUGGCAAACGUGAUGCUAUGCUUUCUGGAGGCUGUGGUGUAUAUAGUAAUAGUAGCAACAACAACAAUAACAAUAACCUUAGGAACAAUAACAACAGCAACAACAACACAGAACUAGGACUGACUGGCAGUGGUGGCGGCGGUGGUAGUCUAUGGGACACUACGGCCGCACUGCUGGAGAAGAGCCCGAUGGCCACGAUACCCCGGGACUACCAGGCCGGGCCGGAGCAUAUGGCGUGCAGCAAGAUGUCCGCCGGGGUCGGCAGCAUGCUCGCCUCUUCCGGCCACUCACUGAUGCGUUCCGGUGCGGGUGUCAAUGGCAGCAGUUACCAUCAUCACCACCUCCACCAUCACCAGUCGUCGGCGUCGGAAAAGGCCGCCCUGUUUGCCGGCAAGUACCGACAGCAUCAGCGCGCCUCCCAUCGGCUGCAUCCGUACAUGAUGACCAGCUCGAUGGGCGGCUCCUUCCCGCCGCUGAUGGCUCCAGCAUUCCCGCAGAUGCAGCAAGUGUCGUGCUAUAAUGUGUGAUUUUAAAAAGGAAGAAUAAGAAGAAGAAGAUUGGGCAAAGAGAAAGCAAGACGACGAAAGUCACGAUGAAGAAGAGUGUGGAGAGAAAAAAGUCGACGAAGAAGAUGAAGUAAUUUAUUAAUGAUUAAUCAUCGCUAUAAUCUCUUUGUUUGUGUCUUACAAUGACGAAGAAAAUGAAGGCAAAAGUAUGAAAAAAAAAAAUUAUAAUCGAGCAACUUUUUUCGUUGCAUUUAAA